AUGGACGCCGGUCGCGCGCGUGUGCCGCCGGACGUGCGGCGCCGGAUCCUGCGUGCGUUCACGCGCAAGCGGCAUCUCCAGCUGCAGUCGGAUGCGGUGCAGUUUGUCUACGAGACGCUCGAGGCGCACGACCUGCUGCGCGACGCGGACGCGACGGACGAGGCGCUCGAUGCGCUGGCUGGCGCGCUGGUCGACCAGCACGUCGCGGGGGGGCACGCGCAUGGGUUCGACGGGCAUGUCGUCUCGCGUGAGGCGCUGCAGAAAGUGUACGACCAGCUUCUCGUCGAGGCCGCGGACGACGGCGCGACGCCGGCGAGUGGCGCGCUCACGCAGGGCGCGGCGCCGGACAUGGGCCACUUUUUCCGCGUGUGCGAUGCGUUCUCGCAGCCGCGGCUCUGCUUCCAUGGGGCGCGCAAGGUGUUCGAGGAGGCGGGCGGCGCCUCGCUCCUCGCCGGCGCGCGCGCGCCGAGUGCGCACCAUAGGGAGCGGUACGAGCUGCUGCGCAGCAUUGUGCUGCGGAACGAGCACUUCCUGCCCGCGCUCACGGGCCCCGCGCAGCGCGACGCCUUUCUGCGGCUCAGCACGACGAAGCACCUGCUCGGCCGGCAGGGCGCGCCGUGCCUCUUGUUCGGGCGCCUGUCGACGGCGCCGGACGGCACGUACACGCUCGAGGACACGGACGGGAGUGUCGCGCUCGACCUGUCGCGCGCCGUCGCGGGCGAGGGCCUGUUUACGGAGGGCGCCUACGUCCUCGUCGAGGGGCAGUACACGGCCGAGGAGACCCUGCAGGUGCUGGCGCUCGGGCACCCGCCGAGCGAGCCGCGCGAGAGUGCGCGGGCGCUGACGGGGCACCUCGACUGGCACGGCACGGGCGCGGUGCCGCCGAAGCAUGUGCCGGCGCUGCGUGCGCAGGAGCUGCAGCACCCCGACGUGUGUGUGGCCGUGCUGUCGGACGUGUUCCUCAAUGAGCCCACGACGCUUUCGCGCCUGCGUGCGAUCCUGCAGGGCUACGAGGACGCCGACUUUCUGCCGCUGGCCAUCGUGCUCUGCGGGCACUUUAGCUCGGUGCCGCUCGAGGCGGACGGCGCGCUGGCCGCGUACGCCGACAGCUUUGCGCAGCUGGGCGACCUGCUCGCGCAGUGCCCCCGCGUGCUGGCGGCCUGCCACCUUGUGUUUGUGCCGGGCCCGAACGACCCCGCGGCGACGGGCGUCUUGCCGCGGCCGCGCCUGCCUGCGCCGAUCGCGGGGCGCCUCGAGGCGCGCCUGCCGCGGGACGCGCGUGUGCACUGGAUGAGCAACCCGUGCCGCCUCGUGUACUACUCCCAAGAGAUCGUCGUGUUCCGCGACGACCUCCUGCGCAAGAUGCUGCGCCAUGCCGUGCUGCUGCGCGACGACCUCAGUGCGGCGGACAUGCCCAAGUACCUCGUGUCGACGCUCCUGGACCAGGCGCACCUGUGCCCGCUCCCGCCGCUCGUGCGGCCCGUGCUGUGGGAGUAUGCGCAUGCGCUGCGGCUCUAUCCGAUGCCCUCGGCGCUCGUGCUGGCCGACCGCUGCGAGCGCUUUGAGCUCACCUAUGAGGGGUGCCAUGUAUUCAAUCCGGGCGCCUUUCACAGCACCGCGGCAUGGACGACCUACUACCCUGCGUCGGGGCAGGCGGAGCGCAGGUACGUGCGCCGACCUUACACCAGCGAACUCCCGCUGUAG